UUAUUGGCCCCUUUAUCCCUUCCGCUUUUCAAAAUCACUUCAAACUGCACACUCAUCACUGUUUCUUCAAGCGCCCAUUCCUCUUCCUCACCAAAAUCAAUUCCACACAAAUUUGUUGAUCAGAACUAUCGCUCUUCAUUUCAAAACAAAUUGGACUGAAUUCGCCAUGGCCGCAAGAACGGUUACGAAAGACAUAAUCACCCUACGUGGUUCUGCAGCAAUUGUUAGCGAGUUCUUCGGAUAUGCUGCUAACAGCAUCCUUUACAACCGAGGAGUGUAUCCAGAAGAAAGCUUUGUGAAGGUGAAGAAAUACGGUCUCCCAAUGUUGCUUACUGAAGAUGAGGGUGUCAAAUCUUUUAUAGCCAAUUUAACUGCUCAGCUCUCUGAAUGGCUUGAAGCUGGAAAGUUGCAGAGGAUUGUCCUUGUUAUAAUGAGCAAGGCCACCGGUGAAGUCCUUGAAAGGUGGAACUUCAGCAUUGAGACCGAUAGCGAGGUUGUCGAGAAGGGUGUAUCAAGGGAAAAGAGUGACAAAGAAAUUAUGAGAGAGAUACAAGCAAUUAUGAGGCAGAUUGCUUCAAGCAUCACCUAUUUGCCUUGCCUGGAUGAACCUUGUGUUUUUGAUGUGUUAGCAUACACUGACAAGGAUCUUGCAGUCCCAUUCACUUGGAUUGAGAGUGAUCCAAAACUUAUUGCGAAUCCACAAAUGGUGAAGUUGCAUUCCUUUGACACCAAGAUUCACAAGGUUGAUACACUUGUAUCUUACAAGAACGAUGAAUGGGAUGAGUAGAGAGCCCCUUUUUGUGCCUUGUUUUCCUUUUUUUUUCUCAGAUUCUGUGUGGUUGUGAAUUUUCUAUUCACAUUGUUUAGAUGUAAUGUAUGCUGGUACUAACGUGGAUGUCAACAUAAUCACUUCUGUAUUAAAACUCCCUUCUGUAUGUUGUAGCAGAAAUAACUGGCACAGUGUGGCACUAAAGUGGAGUGGGUAGACAAAUUUGCAUUACUUAUUUCAGAAUUUGUAGUUUGAUUA